AUGUGCAGAUUUGGGCCGAUCGGGCUGAUCGACAGUCUGAUCUAUAAAUGGUAUCGGGCGGUGGCCAGAAACGGGCAUGUAAGUUGGUUUUUUAUUCUAUUCUUUGCGAUAAUAUGUAUUAUAAUAUACAGUGUAGGGCAGGUGUGGCUGUGGCAAAAACGCAUCCAAUGAGUCAAGGCCCAAGCAUUUUUUUUUAACCGUGACACUUCUUUUCCUGGACUGUAUCAUCGAGGUAUCCUGUGCGUUUCAAACAACACAUUUUUUUUAAAACUUUACGUUUUGACUCAAACGAGGAAGUUUCCCGCUGUGUUGGUGAAUUUUUUUCUCGUUAAAGCUUCCGAAAAAUUAAGUUACGUGUCGUUUUGGAGAUUCCUUUAUGUUCCGGACCGCGUUAUACAGAAAAAAGGAAAAAUUUUGCGUUAUUCGCAAGGUCAAAAAACUUUUUGAGCUUUGCUUUUCGCACUGCGUAAUCAAAACAUCGCAGCGCGCAAACCUUUUUCAACUGCGUCGCCCCGAGUUUUGGGGGCGAGCUACAGUCAACUGAACCGUGCAAAAAAAAAAAAACAAAAUGCACUGUGCACUGCGACAACAAGUCUCCUCACUUUACGGAAAGCAUAGUAUCUUAUUCCACCAAAAUUUUCAGCAGUGACAGCAAUCUGAAUUUUUGUCAUCUGUAUCAAACUGAGGGUACCUUUACUGCUUGCAAAAAUUCGUCUUUUCCUCUUGCAUUUUUUCUAAUUUCCCAAACCAUUUUUCAAAAUCAGUCUGUCGGGAAAGUAAUGUGUAUACGUCGCAGAAAAAAUGUCUUGCCGCAGUCGGGAACUACAUAUAUCUCCAGCCGCGGCAGAGCCAAGGGCAAUUCCAAGGCGUAACAAUUCCACAUUAUUUUCCCGACAGGCUGAUAAAACUACAUAUUAGCGAUCUACGAAGAAAAAAAACCGUGACGAAUUUUUAUAUCAUCCUAAAAGUUUUCCUUCUACGUUUUUAUCGAUUCUUUUCACAACCAGCACGCUUUUUUAACACUUUAUCGAUCAAAUUUGGUGUUAAUGAGUAUUUAAUUGAUCUCUUUGCAAGUUGUUGAAUCAUUUCAGAAAACCCCGGCUACGGAGCACAUCUUUGCCAACUUUUAUGCGAGGAAAAUUUAUGUUGUGCUACACAUUUUGUCCAUUAUUUCACAGUGAGUUUUUAGAAAUUUUUGAGGGUAAAAUACGCACUGCGUAAUUUUUAAUGAUUACAUUUGUUUUAGAAUAUCAUAUAUAAUUUUGCUGUUAUGCACAAAUCACACAUGGCAAACUGCCAUCCCAUUCCUAUGUUUAUCAUCGUACAUAUUGACGUAUAUUGGAUUAUUUCUACAGAAAAGAUUAUUUUUACUACCUACUAUUGUGCUUGAUGUAAGUAAUAAUUCUAUUACUCUUCGCUGUCUUCGAGCUCGGCCUUGGUCGAGCUUUUUUUGAGUAAAAAUUCUUCAAAAGGCCUAAAAAAGUGUGUUGUAUUCAGAAAAAAAGUCUAGAAAGGGAUAAACUUGAGCCCUAACUUGGUAUCGAAGAGUAUCAUAGAGGCGCUAACAGAAUGCUAUGUUUAUCUAACAGACUUUUUGCGUCUUUAUGAUACCUCGAUAUCCAAUUAGGGCUCGUUUUGACCUAACCUUCCACCUUCUUGUAGCAUAGCGCAGGUCAGGCUAGCCUUUCUAGCAAACCACCUCAACUAGUCCGUUCACAAGGUAGCUGGAGUAAAUUGGGCGACAUGAUCUGUGUAAGAAUAGCCAGGGAUCAAGCGAUACCCCGAAAAAAGCCUAUUGCACUGUGCAAAAAGCAACAAAUGGCACAGUGCAAGACGAACUUUUUUUGUCUCAGCGCAUGUCGGAAAAAUCACCCCAGCGACGUUACAAAAGGACUAGGAUCAGUUUGUCGGGAAAAUAAUGAGCACAACGUCGCAUCGCCGUCGAAAAAAUGAAUCGUGCCGCAGCAAAAUAAAAUUUCUUUUCACCUCAGCAUUGCGAUUGGCGCAGCGACAUUGUGCUCAUUAUUUUCCCGACAGACUAUUAUUUUAACCAAUCCGUUUCCAGUCGAUAGUCCCUCUCUACUACUACAGCUUAAUGGGUCGAUACCUCCAUGAGCCCAUGGAUCACUACCCAACUUUGCAUAUUGUAAUGGGCACCAUUGUGGUGUUCAGCGGGAUUUUUCAGUGGUUCUUUUUACUGGUCACGCUUCGAGAUUACUGCAAAGUGGAAAAGGAGAAUGAAGAGGAUGAUCGUGAUUGUUUUUGGGAAAUUGCACAGGUAAUAAUAAUAACAAUUAGUCGUGAUCAUUGGUUUCCUUAAUGUUUUUAGUCUAAAAAAAUUCAAAAAUCACAACAAGUAGUUUGAUGAUCGAUGUUUUCGAGGCGGGAAAAGGAUGUUUUGAAUCGGAAUUGUCAUCAAUUCCGGAGUAAUGUUUACUUAUUUUGUCGUAAACAAAGGCCUCUUCCGUCCGAGUAAAAUGUUAGAGAGAAUGUGGCGAAUGCGGAAAACUGGGAGUAAUUUGAUAAGCUAAGGUGUUUACUUUUCCCUUACAAGUCCGUCCGGAGAGCUGGGCUGAUUUUGUUCGCAUUGUGCAAAAAGGUCAGGAUGUGAAGGACGGCCCAAACAGUGCAAAAAGCAAGAAACUUUACAAUGCAAAGCAAGCGUUUGUUUUCGCAAAACGCGUGUCGCCGAUUUCAGUGCGGCGACCUUCCGAAGAAACUGUCAGCCAGUCGAGAAAACACAGUAAGGGACCUGAUCCAUUGGCAAAAAAGGUAUCAUUUUGCAUCCGGGAAGUAUCAAAAAUGUGGCAAAAUACCUCCUUCUACAACUAUAAAAAACUCAGUUUUGAAAGGCGCGCCUUUUUCUUCACAAAAAGAAUAUGCACGCUUUUGAAACCGGAGUUUUUUUCACUUGGAGAGGGAGGUAUUUUACCGCAUUUUUGAUACUUCCCGGAUGUAAAAUGGUACCUUUUUUGCCAAUGGAUCAGGUCCGCCUCGGUAAUUUGGAUUUGAAUUUAUUCGUUAUAGUAGGAUUUCGUUGGGCGGAGGCGUGCCAUGGUCUAAGAUUGACCCUAGCGACCUUUGAAAUUGUUCGUUAUAGACAGGUUUCGUUAUAUGUGUACGUGAGUUUGUUGUACCGAGGUAUCGAGACUCAUAUCGCUGCCGAGAAAACGAAUUGUAGUCGCUGCAAAAUCAAAAUUUUUUUUUCGGUUCAGCGACGCGAUCGGCGUAGCGGUAUUGUGCUCAUGAUUUUCCUGACAGACUGAUAAGAAAGCCGGAACUUUGCAGACCCAAAGAAAAUAAAACGGACACUAACUGUACCCGCAUACGACGUGAUGUACAGUAAAAGAUGCCAUAGAUACGAUUUCUUCCAUGAAAUGAGUUUCUGUUAUUUGUAGCCCUAUUCCAAACUAGCAAUGCUGCGACGUUCCCUUUCACUUCAAAUUUUACUUUUCGUACUUUGUAUUGGAAUAUUGUAUUCUUGAUUUGUACCAUCACAACCUGAAAGUCACGCUUCGGGACUUUCUCGUGUUAAAUUUCCAUAAACUUGCAAAAUAGAGAAAAGAUGUCAUAUCUCCUUUCAUUGACGUCAUUUCUCCGCCAAAAAAUUGCAUUACGUGUGGGUGGACAGAAGCCUGAUAACACAUCACGUUUAGCAAAAAAAUAUUGAAAAAGGCGUGCCUCGAGGUUGAGGCUUUGUCUCAACGAUUGAUAACUCUAACCGACUUCCAACUGCUUUAUUUUUGCAGUUUAAAGGGCUCAAUUCUUUCAGAUCUACCUGAUAAUACUUCUGUUCCCAUUGUUUCUAUACUUCUUGUACUACGACAAGAAGCCGGAAUGUGGGUUCCUCGGAUUCGUGAGGAAACAAUCGUUCCAACCGCGGGGCAGAGCCAGAACCAAGAAUCGAGAGGACAGCACACAUAACCACAAAUUCAGCGUGAUAAGCUGCAACAGAUUCAACUCGAUGUUGAGCUCGACGCCGUGA